UAAAAAGCGAGAAGUUGUUUCUGUUCUGAAAGUGUGUCAGAGAGUGUGUGAAAGAGUGUGUAUGAAAGAGCGUAUGUGAGAGUGUGUGUGUCAGAGCGUGUGUGAAAGAGUGUGUGUAUCAGAGCGUGUGUGAAAGAGUGUGUGAAUGCAUUUUUGAGUGUGAAAGUGUAUUUCAGUGCGCACUAGUUUUCAGACAGAAACAAGUUGCGGCUUUGCAGAAUGACAGACAUUGAGAAACAGCCGACACCAGAGAAGAUGGAGGGUGGAGCCAGUGAAGCUACAUUUGCCCCACCUCCUUACCCCACCGACCCAGCCUCAAUGCCUCAAGCUGCUCCUUACAUGCCCCCUCCUUACCCCUACGACCCUACAGUCUACCCCGUUUACCCUCCGGUACCAUGGGGCGGAGAUGUUCCAUCUCCCGCGCAGGAGAUUAACAUCCAGGACUCACCAGCAGGGGGCGCAGAAAGUGAGAUUGGAGCAUCUGCGACUGCAUGUGUCAUGUCAGGGUUUGAUGACAAGACUGUGCGAAGAGCCUUCAUCAGAAAGGUGUUCAGCGUGGUCACUGUACAGCUGUUGGUCACCUUCUCCAUCGUGUGUGUAUUUACUUUCUCGGAGACAGUGAAGGAUGCAGUGCAGGACAACAUCUGGAUCUACCUCAGCUCCUACAUCAUCUUUAUGGUGGUGGCACUGGCGCUGACCUUCUCCUCGUCCCUCAGCCGCAAACACCCAUGGAACUUCAUCUCCCUAUCAGUGGUGACCCUCAGUUUGUCCUACAUGGUUGGUACUGUAGCAUCAUUCCACGACACCACAGCUGUGACUAUCGCUAUGGGAGCAACACUCGUGAUCUCCUUCAGCAUCAUCGUCUUCUCUGCUCAGACACGUGUGGAUUUCACAGUGUGUAAUGGCAUUCUGAUAGUUCUGGCUGUGGAUCUGCUCAUGUUUGGGUUCUUCAGUACGUUUUAUUACUCCAACGUUCUGCAGAUUGUUUACGGAUGUCUUGGAGCACUGGCCUACGCACUGUUCCUGGUUGUCGACUGUCAGCUGGUUAUGGGGAGACAGAAAUACAGCCUGAAUCCUGAGGAAUAUGUCUUUGCUGCUUUAAUCAUCUACCUGGACAUCAUCACCAUCUUCCUCUACAUCCUCAUCAUCCUCGGAGGAAGCUCAAAAAGCUAAACACUUCUGAACACAUCACAGUUCUUCAUCCUCAUCAUCACCAUCAUCACCUGGGUUUAACCACACACGUCAAGACAAUUUCACCAUUGACUCCAUGCAGAUUUCAGAAACAGGAGAUCAGGAGAUCAAGUUCCAAUAUUACUCAUUUAUCACUUCCAUAGAGAUAAUCAAAUUAUCAAAACAUCACAACCGUAGAGAUUGUGUUUAUUUACCUGCAUGUACGUCACAUUUUAACAGUCUAAUUUGAGUUUAUCUAACAGUUUAAUUUGACUAGAGAACAUGCUCACUGUCCUAGAGUUAGGGUUAGGGUAAAGUUUAGGGUUAUGUUUAGGGAUUAGGGUUUUGUUUAGGAUAAGGUUUAGGGUUAGGCUUACAUUUAGGUUUAACUUUAAGGUUAUGGUUUGGGUUGUGGUUAGGUUUAGGUUUAGGGUUAGGGACAGUAAAAAUAUCUGUUGUCCUGCUGCUGUAAAAUAAAGAAAUGGCCUUUCUUUUUUGUUUUCAGUGUUGAUGGAUUAGGGUUAGCUGUAAUGCUGCUGUAAAAUAAAGAAAUGGCCUUUCUUUUUUUCCAGUGUUGAUGGAGUGAGGUUAGGGGUGAGGGUUAGGUUUAGAGUUAGCUUUUCUGCUAUCCUGCUGCUGUAAAUAAAGAAAUGGCCUUCCUUAUUUGUUUUCAGCGUUGAUGUAAAAACUCUGCAUUCCUCAAAGGUUUAUUGUUACAGAACCUUUUAAAAGUGGAUUGGAUAUUUUUCUUGUUCUCAGACAAUUUAGAAAUUAUAUCACAUUUUGCACACAGUUACACAAUUUGACAAACUUUGUGAUGUUGAAUAUUUCUCUGAUCUUUUCAACUUUGUGCUCUAAAUAAAUGCUGUUUAUUUGCCCCA